UUGAAGAUGGAGGAUUACGACGCCAAUCGUAAUGUUGCUAGGAGGCCAUGUCGGCAAUGUGGCAGGCAGUUUGUUCCAGAGUCUCUGGCAAAACAUGAACCUGCAUGUAUAAAAGCAGCAAAGAAAAAACCCAAGGUUUUUGAUUCAGCCAAACAGAGAGCAGAUGGGACAGACUUAUCCUACAAACAAAUUAAACAAGCUCAAAGAAAGGAAGUGAAGCCCCCCAAAAGUAAUUGGCGAGCCAAACAUGAGGACUUCAUUAACACAGUCAGGGCCGCUAGGGGAGUCAGUGUUGCUAUGCAGCGAGGAGAACCCCUCCCUCCACCUCCACCACCCUCAAUAAAUCCAGAUUAUGUGCAAUGUCCCUAUUGUUCCCGACGUUUCAAUGAGAAAGCUGCUGAGAGGCACAUACAGUUCUGUAAGACUCAACAGCAAAGAAUGCCUAACAAACCUAAAGCAGAUCCAAAGGCCACCGCUAAACAGAAUAUAAGGACACAGUACCAGCCACCCAAACCAAAGGCCAAAACGGAAAGUUCUCCUGGGUAUGGAGGAGUAGCUACUACUAGGGCAAGCCCUGGAGGAUCAAGGGGGAGAGGCACAGGUAUUGGUGGAACCCCUCCGAGCAUAAGUGGGCGUCAACCUAACUCCUACGCCAGAGGGCGUUCCACGACCACCACCACCAGCACCUACCAGCAAACCACUCCUAGAAUAGAGCAAUAUCUGACAAUAAAUCACUCCAACAUUCCAAAUGUGGAGUCUGAAAGUCAAACCUCACCCCCAAAAGCAGUCAAGUUCUCUGCGUCGUUGCCUCCUAAAUACCCCCUCAAAAGGGGAGAGAUAAUUACACAUGCAAAGAUUCCCGAUGACUUGGCAACUGGUUCUCUGAUAAAUGAUAGUUCUGCUGUUGUCUGGGCAAAGCCGAUUGCUCACAAACGGAUGUUAGAGCCCCUAAGAAAUGGACAGGAUUUGGCCAGUGAGUACGGGGAGGAAUCCGUGUAUGAUGGAAAUGGGCGUGCCCUUAGAACUGGCCGAGAUGGCCGGGCUUAUCAAGAAGCUCGGCGGGAAAUGCAUUCGGCUGGCAUUAAAAGUGCUUCAAACAAUCGCCUAAUGAGACGACACAAAUCAGCAGGCGCUAAUAGGGGAACCAGUUCACCUGGAGUCAUACAUUAUGGAACAAAAGAGUCGGAAUCGGGAUAUUAUAGCAGUAGUUCAGAAAAUGACCAUAUGAAUUCAUAUUCAAAUGUGAGCCAUGAUAAAAGGAACUCUCUGGGCAAAACAGGUGCCAAAUUUUGUCACGAAUGUGGCUCCAAGUACCCAUUAUCGGAAGCCAAGUUUUGCUGUGAGUGUGGUGUGAAAAGAAUGGGCUUUACAUAGUAGAAAUAGGUAGUUUGCUACACAUUUUAAUCAUAAUGCUGUUAUUUGCUAAGCAACAAAUAUAUGUAUGCUUUUUUUCAUUGAUUCAAAACGCUCAUUAAGCAUGUUUAAGAAUAUUUCCAAUGUAAGGAUUUACCAGAUAUAACGUAAUUUAUUUAAGCUGACUUGUGUGAAACCUCUGCAAAAACCUACAGGUUUCAAUGAUAUCAUCAGAAGUUUUCUAAUAACUUCUUAUGAUAUUUCAUAUACUGUACAAUACAUGUGUCCCACGUUUGAAUACUUCAAUAGUAAUCUAACAUGUGAAUUAAGGUUGUGACGUUCUCCAGGAAUGUUCAAACAUAAGUGGUUUUUUAAAAACAUGUUAGUAAUGUAAGUAAAAGUUUAUGUUUAGUACAUUGUGAUUAUUUUAAAGAGAGAUAAACUAAUGUUAUAUGCAUACAUGUAUAAGCAAACUUUACUGCAUGUUAUUUUUAUGCUGCUCACUUAAUGUAUAUAGGAGAAAUAAUAAUUCAUGCUUGUGUGUUCUUUAGUUUUUCUUGCCACAUUUUGACAAGAACAAAGAUGUUUGAAAUGUUCUUAGACUGAUUACUAUUGUUUAUUAUAAAGAUUACUUGUCAGAUACUUAUUUUUUUCUGUUGCAUGUUGUAUAAAUUAAUUUAUUGUAUAACAGCUUAUCCGUCCAUUUAGUAAAAAUUUUGCGUUUUGAUUUUUAUACUUUCAUAUAUUUUACCGGAUGCAAUGAGAAUUUUAAAUUUUAUUUGAAGUAGUUUCCAUAUUUACGUACAUACUGUAAUGCAGUUGUAGUACCCCCUCUGUAAUUUUGUCCGUUAUCCAGUUGUAAAGGAGAGUGCAUGUAUUAGAAUAACAAUCGAGAGAUUCUUUAAUGUUUGGCGUGAUCUUUUAGUUAUUUGAUCUCCAACCGGAUUUUACAGAUAUAUACUGUCGUUUUAAGUCUUACUGUCAAAAAGAAGACCUUAAAUAUCUGGUAUUUUGUGUGGGCUGCUAUCAAUACACGAAUUGUUUUUACAAGAUGUAUUUUUUAAGAGAAUAAAAUGAGAAUUAGACUUGUAUACCAGUAUAUUAGGACUGAUACAAACAUGGUAAGUUUCUGUGAUAAAUCAUAUGAACAACAUGGCCUAAAAGGGCAUCAGAAUUCGUCACUUUAUGUUUUGUGUUAUAUGUCUGAUAUGUUACAUGGCUGUAUACAUCUGAAUAGAAUAACAACAAAAGUGAUAUACAUGUAUUGUCCCCAACAAAUUCUUUACAUAUAUAAGUACAAUAUAAAUGUUUUUGCUCUAAAUUAUACACUUUAUAUGAUCGAAUAUUUAUUUUUUAUUUCAGAAAUGUUCAUUCCACUAUUACAUGUAUAGCUUAG